GAACCGGGGGUACAGAUUGGAAGAAUCCAUGGCUCUCACACAUAUACGUCUAUCGGUCCUUUCGUUCGUGCUGUUAUGUUUGGUCGCUGCUGUGUUCGCCGGGCGAGAUUUUUACAAGAUCUUGGGGGUUUCCCGGUCGGCAUCCAUCAAAGAUAUUAAAAAAGCGUACAGAAAGUUGGCCCUACAACUGCAUCCGGACAGAAACCCAGAUGAUCCCGAAGCGCAGAAUAAGUUCCAAGACCUCGGCGCUGCAUAUGAGGUUUUAUCUGAUGAAGAGAAGCGCAAACAGUAUGAUGCGUAUGGGGAAGAAGGGUUGAAGGAAGGGCACCAUAGCUCUCAUGGGGAUAUCUUCUCCAGUUUCUUUGGAGAUUUUGGGUUUAUGUUUGGUGGAAACCCACGUCAGCAAGACCGAAACAUCCCCAGAGGAAAUGAUAUAGUAAUUGACCUUGAGGUCACACUUGAAGAGGUAUAUACUGGAAAUUUCGUAGAAGUAGUUCGUAAUAAACCUGUUGCAAAACUUGCCCCUGGAAAAAGGAAAUGCAACUGUAGGCAAGAAAUGAGGACCACUCAGCUAGGACCUGGGCGCUUUCAGAUGACGCAAGAGGUGGUUUGUGACGAGUGUCCAAAUGUCAAAUUAGUAAAUGAAGAACGCACACUAGAAGUUGAAAUUGAGCAAGGUGUUAGAGAUGAAAUGGAAUAUCCUUUUAUUGGAGAAGGAGAACCACAUAUUGAUGGAGAGCCUGGAGAUCUGCGCUUCAGAAUAAAAGUAAUGAAGCAUCCAAUUUUUGAAAGAAGAGGAGAUGAUCUUUAUACUAAUGUCACCAUCUCAUUAGUUGAGGCUUUAGUGGGCUUUGAAAUGGACAUAGCUCAUCUCGAUGGACAUAAGGUGCACAUAGUAAGAGACAAAAUCACAAAACCAGGAGCUAAAUUGUGGAAGAAAGGAGAGGGGCUGCCAAACUUUGAUAACAACAAUAUUCGUGGGUCUCUCAUCAUCACAUUUGAUGUGGAAUUUCCAAAAGAGCAUCUCACUGAAGAGCAAAGGCAAGGCAUCAGAAACCUGUUGAAGCAGACAUCCGUACAGAAGGUUUACAACGGUCUUCAAGGAUAUUGACCAACUGUGAAAGAGACUGUGCAUUUAAGGAAGGGAUCAUAAAAGAACAUCAUGGGGUUAUAUUUAUUAAUGAAUUUGUUUGAAUUCUUUGAAUUUUUGUUUUUUUUUCUUUUAUUUUAGGUGGGGGGGGGGUGUAUUGGUAAUCUUUAUAGUAGACAUUUAUUCUGUUUUCCAGCAAUCAGUUUAUACCAGUAGGAAUGAGUGAGCAAUGUUUUGUAAAGAAAAAUUGUAAACUUGUAAGAGCUGAACUGGACUUUACUGGUUUUCUUAUGUAGCCAGUUCCAUUCCAGCUCCAGACUACAUCUCAGGGCUUUAAUUCUUAGCAAUGUCACAACUUUAUGACUAAAGUGGGUGACAGUUUCCUUAGGGUGAGUAGGCAACAUAAACCAAUUGUUGCUGUUGUUUGGGGUUUUUUUUUCCCUUUUUCCAGUUACCCUCAAACAUUAAGUUAUAAAACCAACUGCAACCCACUUUGAUUUUUCUACAUUAAAUGUGUUUUUAUUUUGAUUUUUAUUUACUUUAUGCUAAUUUUUAUCUGUGGUAAUGCUGUUUUUAAGUGCAUUCUUUUCAAGGCUUCCAAGAUGCAUGGGCAGGGAGCCUUAAAAGGAAACUUAAAGCCCAAAUUUUGAAUUUUCCACAGUUAUAAUCUGCUGGUCAGCCCAGGAAAUUAAAUAACUGCAUGGCUUGCCCCUCAGUCUUUUAUGUACAGAUCUCAGAUUUACCCAUUCUUCUAAUAUUGUUUAUUCAUUAAUUUAGAAGGAAAUUUUCUUUUUCAAGAACUGCAAACAUCGAAGCCUUGUGAGUUAAGAAGAAAGAACAUGCUUUCUUUUUAACAGUACUAAUGUUGUAAUUCACAACUCGCACUGUAAUUAAAAUGUUUCAGAUAUUC